UCCGUCACUUCCGGUGUUUCAGCCUUUUUGUAGGUGUAUUGUAUUUUCUGCACCCAGUUUACUUUCUACUGCGAUUUUUGUCAAUUUAUAUAAAAUAAAUAAAAAAAAGGUUUAGUUGUAUGUGAUAAAAGAUAAAAACAGUUGAUGGCCAUCGUGUUUAAUAAAAUAUAACGGUGGUGUAAAUUAUACUCGGGCGGAAACAGAGCUCCCGGAACUCCGGGGUCUUACAGAGGGUGCAGGAUACAGCGCUGUACCGGAUUUAAUAAUGCUUUAUUUACAGCGCGUGUGAGAGCAGCGGUGACACGAGUCACUUCCGUGUUUAUAUUAAUAAGGAUUUUUACAAAGGAAGCGGAGGUAGACCUGACUGUUCUGAGGUGUUCUCAGCGUGAUGGAUGGAGAAGUUCCAGUUCACAGCUGGUCGUGCUCCUACUACGUGGAUGGAGAUAAGCGCUGGGUGAGCGGUCGUCUCACUCUGACCCCGAGAGCUGUCCAUUUCAGCUCCUCAUCCUCCUCGUCAGGAGGUGGAGCCGGAGGUCCGUUUCUUCUGCUCCCGCUUUCCCGUGUCACACACAUCAACACCGAGUCGUCCUGCUUCAUCUUCAGCGCCGUGACCCUGCAGGAGCGCGACGCCCACAAGCACUGGUUCUCCUCCCUGAAACCGAGCGCCGCCGCCGUGUUCCAUGUCCUGCAGCACUUCUGGAGAGAGACCCUCGUCCCCCCCACACACUCCUCACACACUCCGCUCAGCCGCGGACAGAGACUCAUCAGCAUGGUGAGCGACACCCAACACACACUCUCACACACCGGCAGGGCGCUGAGUCAGCAGGGGGAACAGUUCCACCACAUGAUCCACCAGCUGGAGAAGAUGGAGUCUGACCUGGGCGUGACCGACAAGUUGCUGUGGGAACUGGAGUCUCCUGCAUGGUGGCCCUUUGGAAAGCUUCCCUGGAACAGGAGGUGCCAGGUGGAAGCUCCGCCCCCUGAGGGGUCCGCUAAACCUUCCAAAGAGAUCCUGAGUGUUCCGGUAGUGUUUUACCGCGGAGGUGACCUCAACGCUGCCGACGUGAAUUCAGGCACUCUGGUGUUGCUGGUCUCCUCCCUAGAGGUGCGCGACGCCGCCGGCCGCCUCGUCUAUCGCUUUCACAAACAGGAAGUGGACGAGAUCCGCGUGCACGGUGUGUGCGACAUCAGCGUGCGGCAGCGCCACAUCGGGAAGCCGGACAUCUGUUUUAGGUUUCUGUCGGCUAAGAUGGCGGAGGCACUGUGCGUCCUUAAAGCACAGUACAAAAAGAAGGUGGAGUUUGCUAGGGAUUACUCAGGGUUCCAGGCCACGCCCGGUGAUGACAUCACACCGGGGAGCGGGGCGCUCAGGGGCGCAGGAGUGAGUUUAGACUCCAAUGUUCCCGUACAGCUCGCUGCAGGAGAUCUGACUCCAGUUCAGCUCCAUGUUCAGCAGAACACUGUGAGUCAGGAGGAAGCUCAGGAGCUCAAACAGAUGCUGCUGCAGUUGAAGUCUCUGGCUCUGGAGGCUGACAGUGAGCUGCAGCGUCAAGACGAAUCUCUGGAUGUGUUGAUGUCUUCCAGCGAGCGCAGCACCGUGACCAUCGACACACACACACGCAGAAUGAGGAAACUGCUCUGACCUUCAUCACAUCUUCAUCAUCACCACCAUUAUCAGGAAUCUGACAUGAGUCCUGUUAGUCUGAUUUACACACAAACUGCACCCCAACACGUAACACCUUUCUCUCCAGUAUAACACUCGUGUGUGUGUGUGUGUGUGUGUGUGUGAGUGUGUCCAGUCCUCCAGGAUGUCCUCUGCAUGACUGUCUCCCCCUACUGUCCAUGACAACUCCAGAGAGCGUUCCUGCAUGUCAACUAUCUCUCACACACACACACACACACACACACACACACACACACACACACACACCUUCAUCAACCACCAUCACCUGUGUAGGUACUCAUCUAUAACCUCUGCGGUGUGUGUGUGUGUUCAAUACGAUUGAUUAACAGGAAAUGAGGAAGUGGGAAUGGUGUAUUAGGGAAUGAUGGGGAGGAGCUACGGAAAAUGACUGAAAGGAAACAUGAAUUAGGAGAUGAGGAACCAGGAAAUUACUAACUGGAAGAUUCACAACUGGGAAGCAGGAAACUUGGCCUUUCAGACUGAGAAUAAGGAAACCUGGAAUUACACAUUGGGAAUAAUUAAACUGGGAAUUGUGGAUUGUAAUAGAGGGAAUAUGAAGUAUUAUUAGGUGUUAAGGGAAAAGUGAAACUAGGAAUCAUGAUUGAAAGAAAAAAGGAAACUGGAAAUGAUGAGUGAAGGAGACAUGGGAACUGGGAAUAAGGGAAUAUUGAUAAGGGAAGUGGGAAUAAUCCAGGAGUAGCAGUCAGAGUCAUUAUUAACAGCACGCUACACAGGAUUCAACCUGGUCAUGUCCUUUUCUCCAGUUUCCCAUCCCUCAGCUUCCACACAUAGAUCAGCCAAUCAGAGCACGCUCCUCACCCAGGCCAUAAGGUCUCCUGAUAACCAAAAUAAGUAAAACCCAUUUCCCAGACUGAUCUUCACAUCUCAGCACUUUAUCUUUAUCUUCACACCUUGUCUUUAUUAUUUAUUAUAAAUAAAGUUUUAUUUAUUUAAAAUCAGAAACUAUGCUAGCUAGCUUCCCUGUUAUUAGCAUGCGUGAUUGGUCAUAUUCUUGGUCAUGUUCUCCUUGACCAGGUGGAUGCAUGCAGGUUUCCAAACCUUCCCCUGGCAGAACGGUUACCGAAGAUAUGUACAAGGGCUAAGGGGGCGGGGCUUAUGGUAAAAUGAUGUUUAAUUUCCUGCGUUGUGUCGCCAUGCCGACUUCCCGCAAGGUGUGGGAGGGGCUUGUUGUGCUGUAUGUAUAUGUAUGAUGGUAAUAAAGAUCCUGUACAUUUGUAAUAAAACUCUGCUCGCCAUA